AUGGGCAACCCAUCAACUUUGACGCCCUCCUCGCUUGGCGCCGCGCUGUGCCCUUCUGAACACUCAUCUGAUAAGGCUGCCACAAGUAAGGCAUUCGCGAACAAGACUGGAGGUGUCGACCUUAGUUUAAAUCUUCUUGGCGGAGGUCAAGUGACCGAAGUGGCUAACUCCAUGAUGUCGACCUCAACUGCUGGGGCCUUGGUUCAGACUAACUCUCCUUCAUCAAUGACUAGCACUGAUCAGCUGAUCUCUAUGGCCGCCCCUGCCUCCAUGACUACCUCAUGUGUCUCUGCCACUUCGGCCUCAUCUACUGGUCAGAUUUUGCGUUCAUUGCGGUUGGAUGCACCCUUAGGCAUUUCGCACGAAGACCGUGCCAGUUCGGCUGCCAUGCUGGCCAACAGUGGGGCCUUGCCAACGCAUUUACUCACAGGUGUUCAUGGACAGGUAUACUAUAUGUAUACACUACUAUAA